ACACUUGUGUGAACAUACUGUUUCUUCCUGGUUUUGCAAGGGGACCGUGUUCGUGCAACAUUUCCUGUACGCGCGAGUGUGCCAGUGUGUGAUGGUCAGCGCAGUUCCACUCUCGGCGGGUCUCAGAUCAAUCCAAACAUGAUUCUCUCCAUACGAAUAAUAAUAUUUCUAGCGGCUCUGUGGCUUUUGUCGGAAGGGAAGACAUCUCUGCCAUAUAAAUCAGAUGGUGACUGUAUCAAUAGCACCUCAGAAUAUUUCAACAAAUUGCUACGCAUAUGCUGCAGUAAAUGCAAACCAGGGACCCGUCAGCAUGUGGAGUGCACUACUGAAUCGGACACCAUCUGUGCGCCCUGCGAGGAUGGACAGUACUCUGACAAUAUGAACCAUUUUGGCAAUUGUUUUUCGUGUAAAAAAUGUUAUGAUAACAAAGGACUGAAGUAUACCACAAAAUGCUCGGCUGAUACCAAGUCUGUUUGUGAGUGCAAGCAUGGAAUGUUCUGUUAUCGACAUGAUUUCAAUGGCGAAUGUGAGGAAUGUAGAAAAUUUAAAUCCUGCAAACCUGGUGAAGGUGUAAUCAAAAAUGGUACAUCUAAAUCUAAUGUCAAGUGUGCACCCUGUAGUAAAGGAACAUUUUCUAACCGCACUAAUACUGAACCCUGCAAGCCACAUACUCGAUGUGUUGGCAGUUCAGUUUUGAUAUCUGGCACUUCCACCACUGACACAAAGUGUGACACAACACCAUCUACAACAACCAAGGUUCCUCCUCAAAUAUCACCCAAUGGCUUCCUAGACAAUCCUCAGCAAUUAAAACCAAGAGGAAUCCAGAGCUUUACACAGCCCAUGAAUCCGACUUUCACACCGUCUUUACCUGUAUUGAGCGGAGUGGCAGCAAGCACAACAAGAAUUUCCUCAAAUUUAGUUUCAGUCAGGCCAACUUCCAACCCUGAACAAUAUACCAUGACUAUAAUCUAUGUCAUCACUGGCUCAAUGCUCGGUUUGCUGAUGCUGACAGUGAUAGUGAUUAUCUGCAGAUUUCGAAACAGGAAAGGUGUAAAGAAGGCUGUGAUCAUAGAAAACAACAAGCAAGAGCAGGGUUCCUUGGCAAACUGCAGACCUGAUUGUCAGUUUUUAUUACCCGUUGAUGGGUGCCAGAAAGAGCCCUCCGUGACAUCAUUAGACAGCCAGAGCCAGCCAGACUCAAACCAGAGCCACAGCAGCAAUGACUGGUUAGAAGGUGCCAGCCAGGAGGAGACUCUACCAGAGCAACCAUCCGUAUCCAGUCCCUUAGUCAAUCUGAGUAUCACGGCCACAUUUAACUGUCAAAUGACCCCGACUUGCUGUUCCAUACCACUCAGUCCUGCUACACUGAUACCCAAAGCUGAAGCUCCAGUGCGACUAUCUCAAGAGGAGGUCUGCAUCUCCUGCCAGCAAGAAGAUGGCAAAGAAGCCCUGCAGUCGGUGCAGGAGAGCGGCUCAUGUGUGUUCGGAAUGGUGGAUUCCAAGCUUGCUUAAUUAAUCGAAAGAGCAAGAACAAAAGAGAUGUUUAUUGUGUUAAAGACCCCUUAAAAUGGUUUGAUGAACACAGUUUUCUUUUCUGUGUUGACGUAUUUCCUAAUGAAACAGGAAGUUGGGGCGGGACGAAUGGCUUGUCUCUUAUUCAAUAGCCUUUAAGAGAGCAAACCAUGUGUUCUCAGACUGGAGUAAUUGAAGCUUGUUUGAUUACAGUAUGUGUCAUUAACUGAGAGCAAGGGCAAAAGAGAUGUUUAUUGAAAUGGUUUGACUUGCAGUGUCCCUUUCUGUGUUGAUGUAAUUCCUAUUGAAACAGACAGCUGGGGCCCGACAUAUCGAAGGGCUCGCCACUUUUUAAAAAAGUUGAAAGCCUAUAAUUUAUGUCAUAGCCCAUCAAAACCAAAGGGUCUGGCUGUUUUGCUGAUGCAGUUCGCGCCAUUUUGCGUUUCUCUAUUGAUGGUCAUUCAAAAGUAGUUGUGUAUUCUGACAAGAUCACAAAUAUUUUAUUAUAUUAUAAUAAAUGUUUCGCCAGCAGAAGCAUAAGAUAGUCUUCGAUUUUAACCUGUUUCCUGCCUUUGACGUCACAGCUCAAGAUAGUCACUAGUGAGUGGCUUGGGACUGUGCGGUUUUUAGUGCACCAUCAGCCAAUCAGCAUUUUGAGGACAUCGUUUUACUACGGCUCCAGACUGAUUUGCCACAUGGCAUUUAUGGCUAAGGUAUUGUAUGGCUACAAAAAAAUAGAGCCAGAACUGUGCAAGUAGGUUUAGCUGCAGAACGAAGAUCUCAAAAUUGGGCGGAAUCUUCAAAAGAAGGUGGUUAACUCCAGAAGGGGGUCGGGCCAGCUCCAAAAAGGGGCAGCGAACACUGCAGGUGUUGUAUAGAACUUGAACAUUUAUGAACAAAUAAAAACAUACUGUGUAGUUCUGUUAUAUUACAUUCACAACAACAGCACCAACGGGAAAAACAAUCUAAACAAUUUCUGAUUGAUCAGUUUCGUCAGGGGAAGUAAGCAGAGAAGGUGCAGUUAAAGUCCUGUUCGGCAGCCAUGUACGUAAUGCGUACGAGUCGCUUUGGGACGUUAUUUUCUAUGGAAACAAGUAUAGCUCCAAUCUGCUUUGAUGAGGAAAGACUGAAAUCUCCAAAAUGAUUGGUCAAGAUUACGAUUAAAUUUUUUUUUUUUUAUCAGCAAUAAAAUAUGACAACAAUUGUACCAUACAUCUCGCUUUUUUAGCUCAGAUCACGCUAUAAAAAACGCUAUUUUAAUGCUACUGGUCCAGCCAUUGCACAUGCGCGUUCUCAACGAAAGCUGGUUUGUACCAUUCGUCAGUAUUCCAGUGUCUCGUCUCAUUCUAACAGUCUCUGGUACCAUUGAGAUGAUCGCAAACGGCUAACUUUCUCCAGAUAUAUUACACAUCCGUGGGCAAAACCACAGCUUGAACCGUGGACAUGCAGUGAAGACCAUUUCAAAAUGAAUGCUGAUACAUUAACUGAUGACGUUACUGCUUAUGUUCUAAUUUUUAUAUCUGUGACCUUUCUUCGGUAUAAAGUUUUAUGUUUACUUUCUCUGUUCAGUAAUGCUCUUUGACAUUUUGACCUAUAACAUGCACAAUUAUUAUACUAUUAUUUUUAGAAUAAUAGUGAAGUCAUCAAAACUAUGAACACAAAUGAACAUAUGGUAAUUAUGUAGUGACAAAAAAGUAAAAAUACAUUAAAAAAAUAUAGUUUUGUAAAGAAAUGUACACAAUGGACUACAAAACUAAAAAUGGUCUACAAAACUAAUUUCAAGCAUUUAAACACAAGCCUUUAAAUCAAAAGGUUUUUAUAAUAAUGAGAAACACACAUUCAGUCAAGUCUCAUAAUAUACAUGUGUUUCAUUGUUGGUUAUAGAAAAUACAUAGGCUUGCUCCCUCAUCAUGAGACUAAAUGAAUGAUGAUGUACAGUUUUGUACAGCAGUUUUGUUGCACUGUCUGAUAUAUGAAGCUUGCGCCACCCAGUGGUUAAUAUUUUCUGUGCUUCCAAAGCUGUUCUACAGUCAUACUGUUUUCCCCAUACUAACAUGGAGACAAAAUGUAUGUAUUCUGAGAUGUAUUACGAAGCAAGUGAGAAAUGUAUCAGAAAUUAGUAGGCUUGCUGGAACUUUUCAAGGUUUUAUUUGAACAAGAGCCUUAUGUUCCAUCACACGGUUACACAAAACUGUAGUAAAGGGAUAGUUCAUCCAAACAUGAAAAUUAUGUUAUCAUUUACUCACCCUUAUGUUGUUCCAAACCUGUUAAACUUACUUUCUUCCAUCGACCACAAAAGGAGAUGUUACACAGAAUGACUGCCUUAGUCAUCAUUCGUUUAAACUAUACAGAGACAAGAUGCAAUGAAAGUAAAUGAUGACUGAGACUGACAUACUGCCUAACAUACAUCUCCUUUUGUGUGCCAUGAAAGAAAGUCAUAUGGGUUUUGUGCACCAAUAGUUCACCCAAAAAUGAAAAAUUCUCUCAUCAUUUACUCACCCUCAUGCCAUCCCAGUUGUGUAUGACUUUCUUUCUUCUGCUGAACACAAACAAAGUGAAUAUUUAUAUGCAGAGAAUAUCUCAGCUCUGUAGGUCCAUACAAUGCAAGUGAAAGGUGACCAAAACUUUUAAACUCCAAAAAGCAUAUAAAUUCAGCAUAAACGUAAUCCAGUGGUUUAAUCCAUGUCUUCUGAAGCGAUCCAAUCGUUUGGGUGAGAACAGACCAAACUGUAACUCCUCUUUCCCUGUUCAUUUUACAAUUGCAGUCACUAGACACAGUCAUGAUUUCAAGCUCCGUUACACUUACCAGUACUUGACACAUGCACAGAGCGCUUCAUUAUAGUGUAAUCAAGCUUGAAAUCAUGAUCGCGAAGGAGCCUGCUAAUAUCAAGAUUAAUUGUGAAAAAGGAGUUAUAUUUUGGUCUGGAGAAUUUUCAUUUUUGGGUGAACUAUCCCUUUAAUAUUGGAAUGAAGAGUUAACAUACAGAAUAGGCUACUUUGGAUUGAUAGAUUAUAAAGUUAUUAUAUUUUAUAUAUAUUAUAUUUUAAAUCAAAUGUUGUACCACUUGUAAAUAAAUAGUUUUAUUGUACAAUUUUGUAAUAUACAUAUAUAAAAAACAUUAUUCACAA